AGCCCUAACGGCCUAACCGUUCUUCUCCGAUUCUUCACUCUCCGUCUCGACCAGCUUCCGCAGUCCGCCGGAUUCCGCCCUCGUCUCUCGUAUCUCACCGCCUCACGCCCUCCGCCGCCGCCUAACACUGCAGAUUCAUUGUUAUAUCAAAGGGAUAAGAGUUCAGUAUGGGAAAAGCCAGGCCACGUGAAGAUGCAUCUACACGAGCUGAUCGCAAAUUCGAGAAGAAAGUGCAGUUUUAUUCUAAGGUUAGAGACACAGUUGCUUCAUUGAGUGCUCAGAAGGCCAUCACAAAGAAGACAAAGGUCCAAAGGAGGAAGCAGAAAUUGCAGGCGUACGAUCUAUCUUCUCUUUCAGAGUUCCUACCUGAGUUGGAAGCUCAUCAAAAACCAAAAGCAGAACUUAAAUUAAACAGAAAAACCAGGCAAAAGCUACUGCUAAAGGAAGGCGAUCAGCUGCGGGCUGUCAUUGGUCAUCCUGCUUUUCAGUCAAAUCCCCUGCAAGCCAUUUAUCAACAUUUGCAGGGCACACAGCCCCUGGACAACGAGAAACCAAAACAGGACAGAAAGAAGGGAAAAGGAAAAAAGAAAAAAUCCAAGCCUCAGUUAAUGGAAACCUGAUCUACACCCUCAUGUUUUGUUUUUUCAGAGCAAUGCCAAUGUGCAAACCUUUUGAUAUUUUCUAUAUUUUGACCUGUGAAAUUUUCUUCUCAUUUUUGUUCUGUAAAGAUUGUUAUACUACAUAAUACUACAAAACAGCUUUAUGGUUCUA